CACUGCUUCUGCAGAUCUAAUGCAGAUUAUAGCAGUUAACUACUUUUGUUCAUGUGAGGACUUAACGUGGUCGCGCAUCAUAGGCUAAACAUCCAAGCUCACCAAGAGAUGCACUAGUUAUAUGAAACGUAUUAAACCUGCGAAGUGCAGACUUAGAACAGGCUGGAAGGCAAGCAAGAGCGUGGAUGUAGUUUAUGUUCCGUGGAUACGCGUAUCGGCGUUUGAAGUCGGGUUUUAAACUACACAAUGACACUUGGAUUUUUAAUCUGGUCGCUGAUCGUUUCGUUGGGAACAACAGACACCGAAACUUCAGUGGAUCUCCAGCCAGACAUGCCAAAUGUAUGUGUGGAUCGGGAGCUGUCCAUGCUGGGCCUGAGGCAGCCGUGUGUGCAGGCGUUCACCCGCAUGGUAAGAGUGUGGAAGCAGGGCUGCUCGGGAAAGAGCUGGUGUGCUGGUUAUGAGCGGAGGACAGGUUACUAUACAGCCUACAGGCAGGUGUACAGCAUGGACCUGCACUCUGUGUACCGCUGCUGUCCUGGCUGGAUGCGGCGAGGACAAGAAAAAGGCUGUCCCCACAGAGUGUGUUUGCCAGACACCUGUUUUAAUGGAGGCAGGUGUGCAGAAAGUGGAGAUCAGGUGUGUCAGUGUUCUGAAGGCUUCCAGGGAUCCCGCUGUCAAUAUGAUGUGAACGAGUGUGUGAAUGCUAAUGGUGGUUGCGAGGGCAUCUGCUGUAACACCAUUGGCAGCUUCUACUGCAGGUGCCCAGAGGGAAGCAGACUGGCGCUGGAUGGCAAGGGCUGUCAGGAUGUUGAUGAGUGUGAGGAACUGAAUGGUGGCUGUCAGCAGAAAUGUGUGAACACACCUGGCUCCUACUACUGUGAAUGCAGCGAAGGAUUCAGGAUGCAUACAGACGCUCGCACCUGCAUCGCGGUCAUUUCCUGUGCAGUGAAAAAUGGUGGCUGUGAACAUAAGUGUGUGGACCUUGGGGAUGAUCACUUUAAGUGUGUGUGUCCCCUUGAUCACCAGCUCAAGGACGAUGGGAAGCACUGUGAACUGAGAGACCCCUGUAAGCAGGGGAAUGGCGGCUGCUCUCAGCUGUGCAGCAGUGAGGAUGGUCAGAUAGAGUGCAGCUGCAGGGACGGAUACUCACUGGCCUCCGACCGCACAACAUGUGGAGACAUUGAUGAGUGUGCAAGAGGCAAGGCUCAGUGCUCCCACAGUUGUGUAAACAUGCUGGGCUCCUUCAAGUGUGUGUGUAAACCAGGCUUUGAGCUGGGAGCUGAUGGCAAGCACUGCUAUCGCAUUGAGAUGGAGAUAGUGAACAGCUGUGAGAGGGACAACGGCGGCUGCUCCCACCACUGUGAGCACACCACCAGCGGACCUCACUGCACCUGCAACCAGGGCUACCAGCUAGCCGACGACCUCAGGACCUGCAUGGACAGUGAGGAAUGUGAGAAUGGGGAAUCAUGCUGCAGCCACUACUGUGAGAACUACGCAGGAGGCUACGAGUGCAGCUGCCGCCCAGGAUACAUACUCAACCCAGACGGCUGUGGGUGUGAUGACAUUGAUGAGUGUGAGAUGGAGACCUCUGACUGCACUCACUCAUGUGUGAACACACUCGGGUCAUUUGAGUGUUUCUGUAGACUGGGCUUCCGACUGGACUACGACCAGCGCACAUGCCACCCGCUCUAUGACAGUGAGCUGGAGGAGAGGGUGAGUGAGGACGAGGAGGCUGAGGAGGAGGAGGGUAGUCGGGGAGGAGAGGAAGAUGAGCUUGAAGUGCUGCGUCUGCCUGGCUUCGUCUUCCGCCGAAAACCCCAGCUGCUUCACUACACGGCCGCACUGCACAGGCCGAGCAGCACACACACUCGAGCACUCGCACACACACACACACACGCUCACCGCUAUCAACGAGGAGAGCUCACGCUGCUCAGCAAGACAGUCUGUGAGGAUGGUGCGUUUGGUGAGGACUGCUCCCUGGGCUGCGAGGACUGUACCAACGGAGCCGUGUGUACAGAGGACAGAGACGGCUGUCGCUGCACCCCUGGCUGGACUGGAAUCAUAUGCAAUGAAACGUGUGUGGCAGGCUCCUUUGGUGAGGGGUGUAACGGGGUGUGUGUGUGCCAGAACGGGGGACGCUGCGACCCCGUCACCGGCAGCUGCUUCUGUCCUCCCGGGGUGUCAGGGCGACACUGUGAGAAUGGCUGUCCUCAAGGCUACUUUGGGCGGUAUUGCCAGAGGAAGUGUAACUGCCCCAACAACGGCCACUGUCACCGCCUGUACGGAGGGUGUGUGUGUGCACCCGGCCUCUAUGGACGCUUCUGCCACCUGCCCUGUCCCAGGUGGACAUUCGGGGCAGGGUGCUCGGAGGAGUGUGUGUGUGAGCCGAGCGUCUCUCUCGGCUGCGACCCCAAAAGCGGUGCGUGCUCCUGCAAGCCAGGUUACCAUGGAGACCGCUGUCAGUCAAGUUGUAAUGUUGGAUUUUUUGGAGAUGGUUGCCGUGAGCGAUGCGACUGCAGAGCAGGAGUCCCGUGUGACCCUCAGACUGGAGAGUGUGUGCUGACCUGCCCCCCCGGAUUCUAUGGAGAACAAUGUGACCAGGUUUGUGCAGCUGGUUUCUGGGGUGCCAGCUGUGGGCAGCGGUGCCAGUGUGCCAACAGCAGCAGUGUGUCCUGCGACCCGCAAACUGGGAGGUGUGUGUGUGAGCCGGGCUACACGGGAGACCACUGCCAGAGCAAGUGUAAGGAGGGCCACUUUGGAAAAGGAUGUGAGACUGAGUGUGAGUGUGUGAACGGGGCCUUGUGUGACCAUGUCACUGGGACCUGCAUCUGCACAGCAGGAUGGACCGGCGUGCGCUGUGAGCAGAUUUGCCCGGAGUGGAUGUUUGGCCCAAACUGCACCCAGGUGUGUCUGUGCUCUGCCCCACGCCAGCAGUGCCACCACGCCACCGGAAGAUGCACCUGCCCACCUGGUUACUAUGGGAACCGCUGUGACAUCAGAUGUCGGGAGGGAACAUAUGGACCAAACUGCAGGCGUAGGUGUCGAUGUACCAAUGGAGGGCGCUGUGACUUUAAGACAGGGAGUUGUGAGUGCAAGCCUGGAUUCCUAGGAGCCAACUGCAGUAGCUCUUGUCCAGCUGGCUAUUAUGGGAAGGAUUGUGCUAUGUCCUGCUUGUGUGGAGACGGUGGACAGUGCCAUCCGGUGACUGGGAGGUGCAACUGCGCCUCUGGACAAACAGGACAGUCCUGCCAGGAAGUUUGUCCCACAGGUCGGUACGGGCUGCACUGCCGCGGUGUGUGUGAGUGUGUGAAUGGAGGUGUGUGUGACGCGGCAGACGGGAGUUGCAGGUGUAGCCUCGGCUGGACAGGUACUCACUGUGAGACAGCAUGUGAGCCAGGUCUGUAUGGGCCAGGGUGUGAGCUGGAAUGCCCAUGUCAGAAUAACGCCACAUGUGACCGCCUCACUGGCCACUGUGACUGCUACCCUGGCUACUAUGGCAACGCCUGCCAACACCAAUGCCCGGCGGGGCUCUUUGGACGGUACUGCUCACAGCAGUGUGACUGCAAGCACGGCCAGGUGUGUGAUCACGUGACAGGAGAGUGUGUGUGCCCACCAGGCCUCCAUGGACGUGGGUGUGAAAAACGUUGUGAAGCAGGCCACUUUGGGCAGGGGUGUGAGGGGAGGUGUGUGUGUGCGGAGGGAGUAGACUGCCAUCCAGCCACAGGCCAGUGUAUCUGCCCUCCAGGGAAGACAGGAGAACAGUGUGAUGAAGAUUGUGCCGCCGACUGGUUCGGUCCUGGUUGUGUGCUGGCGUGUGAGUGCACUCACGGAGGCCAGUGUGACAUCCGCACUGGCCACUGCACCUGCCCACCCACCUGGCUUGGACACACCUGCAGGGAAGGCGGAUACACUCUCCCUGUUCCUACGCUGGUUCGUCGCUCUCUGAAGCGUCGCUCUGGCAGAGCUCAGUCUCGUCAUUCAGCUAAACACACACGCCCCUCGUGAUUUGCGUAAUGUAGAGUAGAGUGUGUGUGUGUGUGUGUGUGUGUGUGUGUGUGUGUGUGUGUGUUUGUUGAGUGCUCACUAAUGCAAGGAAUAUAGCACAGACAUGAACAGAAACUCUCUCACACACACCCACCCACAUACAUACACACACACA